CGCGGGGGUGUGCGCUUUUCCUCAUGAUAUCCGGACGAAUAAUUAUAUGAAUUAAUGUUUAAUUGUUAAAAUUCUUAAUAAACUCGUGAAUAAACAGAACAUGUUGUUCAAUAUAGAGUUAGAUCGUGUGUGUUUGACCCACUGAUCUGAAGCAUGUAGCACCGGGUGACCGCCUCAGGAGUGGACGCGUCCGCGGAGCUCCGUUCUGCUCGAGAGCUCGCUUCAGUCGAACUGUGAUUUCUGAAAUCAGCGUUGAUUUUCUAGAUUUGAAGAAAUGUGAUAAAUCGGCGGAUUGUGUCGUCAUGAGCGACCGACAGCCGACGCCACACCGCGGACAGUGCAGACCGAGAAUGAGCGGAAGGAGCAGUGUGCAGAUGGAGGAUCGUAACACGUUGCGGCGGAUGGAGAAGGAGAGACGGAGUCAGGAGGUGCAGCUGGAGGAGACGCAGUAUGAUGGAAUCGCUCCUCUCUUCAACAAGCCGUAUAAGAGAAUCAAAGAUGACGAGCUGUCGAGUCGCAUCCAGAGGAUGUUGGGUAGUUAUGAGGAUGGAUAUGAUGGACCUGAGGACCCUGCGUCUUCUUACAACCGUUCCACACAGUUCCCUCAGGCGCAGUCGGGACACACGGAUCACUCCAGAGCCGCUUCAGGAGAGAGCUGGGACUGUUUCCCCGCCCUGUCCCCCCCAGCGGAGCCUCUGUCCCCUCUGCAGUCCAGUGACUCGGACACCGGCCCAUCUCCAGAGCGUUGCAGGCUGGACGCACCUCCGCUGACCCUCGCACCACCGCUGAACAUGCACAGUAAAAUGGACAAGGUCAAGAAGCCCACAGCGUACGUGAGGCCGAUGGACGGUCCGGAUCAGGUGACCAGCGGCUCUCCUGAACUGAAGCCCUCACUGCAGUCUUAUGAGCACUUACAGGACCUGAAGGAGAACAGCAAACCAAACCUUGCUCCUCUGCAGGCUACUGAUAUUGUGUCUGGUGUGCGUGUGGAGGACAUUCUGCAGGAAAUGACCUCAUGGCCUCCACUGCUGACCACCAUUUGCUCGCCAACUACAGCCGAGCCGACCAAGGUCCUCUCCACUAACGAGGAGACACAUGGAUUACCAGCCCUUGCUCAUGAAUCAUCAGACAAAGUUCAGCUGGAAUCUCGAUGCAGUUCCAGCAGCUCCAGUGACUCUGACAGCAGUUCAGACACUGACAGUGAAAAGAGCAGGAGCCCACAGAAACCAACAGCUCCUGAGACAAUAAACACACAGCCACAGAAAGAGAGUGACUGGGACUUAGGAUGGUGGUUAGAAAGGAAGGGUCACCAGCAGAACCCUAGGAGCCCAUGUGACGCCAUCAAGCCCAACUCCCAUGAUUCCUCUGAAAGGACUGAGGCUCCAGGGUCACAGACUUGCCAUAGUGACCCAGCUGACAGCGGCAAAGUGUCCGAUCUCAGACAGACUGUGGGGAGCACGAUCAUGUGUGAGGAUCCGCUAUUAGAGAGUACAUCUACACACAGACCCAAACACAAGAGAAAGAAAACAACACAUCACACAGACCAGAAGAGAAAACCAGCAGACAACAACAACAUCAGCAAACAAACACAUCUGCCGCUGCUGGUGAAGAUCGAGCUGAACCUGCUCUCCAGGAUCCCUCGAGAGCCCAAAGCAGCUCCGCCUCACACAGAGAACAGCAGCGUGUCGAGACGCAAGAGAGCGAUGGAGAGGGAUGAAAAGUCUUCAAAGAAGAAACAGAAACUGGACAAAGAGAGAAAACGGUCAUCUUCCUCUCAGCAGAGCCUUCACCAAUCAGAAGCCAUCGGGAACAGCAACAAGAUGAUGAAGAAGAAGAAGAAGAGUGUGAAACACAGCUCAGGUCUUCCUCAGGACAGAGAGCCAGCCGCGGCUCCUGACGGCCGCAAGAAGAAAGCAGAGACUCAUGGGAAGAAAACUGGCGAGAGCCACAAGGAUCUCCUGGAGAAAGCUCCUGCAGCCGAAGCUCGAGCGCUGCUUCCUGAUCGCAGGAAACUCUCAGUGGAAGAUCAUUUGAAGGAAGCCAAAAAGCUGAAGCACAAAGCAGAUGCUACGCCGGAUAAGAUGGCUAAAGCGCUCCGCUAUCUGGAGGCUGCGCUGUCCUUCACAGAGAGUGGCCUGGCCAUGGAGACGGAGCCGCAGACGCCCAAAUCAGCGUACACCAUGUUCUCUGAGACGCUGGAGCUGAUCCGAUUCAUCCUGAAGCUAAAGAACUACACGGAUCCGGCUGCCACCGCUCACGAGAGGGAUUUCUGCGUCCUGUGCAUGCGGUGCCAGUCUCUGCUGCAGAUGGCCAUGUUCCGCUCCAGACGAGAGCCAGCGCUCAGACACUCACGGAUGCUCACCGAUCAUUUCAGAAGCUCGUCGUGGUCUGCGUCUCCCUCCGUGUCGAGGAGCGGCUCGCUGCUCAUUCCUCAGCCGGUCCAGCAGGUGGCAGCAGCAUACGUCAGCAUCACCACGCUCCUCCUGAACGCUCACCACAUCUGGGAGCAGGCGGACCAGAUCGCUCUCCGAGGCAGCGGUUUGCUGCGAGAGCUGGAUUCAGCCGUCGGUCCUCUGAGUCUGAUGUCCUCCACGAGCGCUUUAGUUCGAUACGCUCGACUCGGCCUGCACUGGAUCAGACUCGACACACAGAAGCCACGCUGACGCUUCCCUUCGACCGCAGACAGCUUUCCUUUAUCUGCUCAAGGAUCAAAUCAAACAAUCAGUCUCUUUAACGGCUUGUGUGUGUGUGUGUGUGUGU